CACGAGCUUCCUUAUUGCUCUGUGUCUUCGGUUUCAAUACUUUAGGCUUUAUUCUAUGUUCUUCUGAGCUUCGCCGCCGCUUUGUCACCGCCAACGGCCGCCGCUCCUUAUUUCGCCUGAGAAAAUCGCCGUUUUCGGUAGGUUUAAGGCCAGUUUCAGCCUCAACCUUGACUCUCGAACUUCAACUUCAGACUGCUUAAAGGUUUUGUACCCUCGAACCUGUAUCACAGUGUGAUGGGAACUAAGGCGGCAAAAAAGAAAGCUAUGGUCAAGCAAGUGAAGGAGGGUUCUGCUCAAUUAGCUAAUCCUUCUAUAACCAAUGAUGAAGCUCCUGAUUUCCUGCCAUUGGAAGGUGGUCCAGGAAAGAAGAUUCCUCAGUAUGAAAUGACUGAUACAAAAUCUUCAGUGUUAUACAUUGGGAGAAUCCCUCAUGGGUUCUAUGAGAAUGAAAUGGAAGGUUUUUUUAAGCAAUUUGGUACAAUAAAGAGGCUUCGAAUCGCUCGCAAUAAAAAGACAGGAAAAUCCAAGCACUUUGGGUUCAUAGAAUUUCAGUCUCCUGAGGUUGCAAAAGUGGUGGCUGAUUCGAUGGAUAACUAUCUUUUGUUUGAGCACUUGUUGCAAGUCCGUCUCGUUCCUCCACAACUUGUUACCAAAGACCUGUGGAAAGGCGUUAACCGCUGGUACAAACCCUUGGAUUGGGUCAGAAUUGAGAGGAAGCAUCAUGACAAGGUAUUCUCUAGAUGAAUCUGGAGUUGAUAGGCCUAUGCUAUUAAUAUUGAUUAAGUUGCUAAAUAAGUUGGCAAUUUUUACCCCCUUCGUCCCGAAGAUUGUCGGGUUUAGAUUUUCAUUUUAGUACAAAUUGUACUAACAAGUGAAAUUCCAAACAGGAUAAUCAUUGUGGGACAGGGGGAGUAUUAACUUUGAUUCUGUUUGCUUGAGGUUACUUAGAGAUGUAAAUAUUUCUCUGCAGGAAAGAACACUGGAGGAGCACAGGAAAUUGGUUGAAGGCAUUAAGAAACGGGACGAAAAAAGGCGGAAGAGAAUUGAAGCAGCCGGAAUUGAUUAUGAAUGCCCAGAAAUUGUAAGAGUGCAGUUUUUUUUUAUUUUGGUGGAUAUCAUUGUUUAAAAUAAAAAUCAAUGAACCUUUCCGUACUCUCGUAGAAUUGCUGCAUGGUUAUGUUAGAUAUAUUUAGUAAAGUCAUCUUUCAUGUGGUAAAAAUGAUAUUAUUGCACUAGACUCCUAUUCCACACUGGUUCCAUUGAGUUACAUCCUUCUCGAGGAAAUUUAUCAUUUUGUUAUUUUGGUUUGUUUUCACUUUUACCGCAGGUGGGUGUCAACCAGCCUGUUCCAAAGAAGAUAAAAUUUGCCGAAGAGUAGGGCUAUCUGGGAUUUGAAAUACCCAUGGUAACUAAAACACAGCUUUCAGAAAGGAUCUCUACUUGUGCGUUGGAAGUCUAUUGGCUAUGCGUUGGCGAAAGAUUUGGAGGCUGCAACUGUCCAGAGAAUGAAUCUUAGCAUUAAAGGGCAUUGAGCAUCAUGGCUAAUUAUGUUGUAAUGUGAAUGUGGUUUCUUAUUUUGAACUUGAGUUAGCUCGGUUCUUUUGGGUUUGCAGUGCCCAAAGAUCCGGACCUUGAGAAGAUUUUGUUAUGAGUAAUCUAUGAAAGUUUCUGUAGUUUGGUUAGAUUUGUUCACUCUUAAACUUCCUUUUUUUCUCUGCGUUCUUCCUGCAAAGUUGUAACUCCUUAGUAAUUGUAAUUUUUAGGUCUUUUGGUUGGGUAGUGAGUCUCAAGCGUGAUAUCUUAAAGUAAAAAAAAUAAAUAAAUGAAUAAAUAAUUUAAAAAUAAUAACUAUAGUGUAAAAAUAAGAACAGCUUGUGUGAUUAGCGGACAAGGGUUUAACACCACUAAAGCAAUGUUUGGCAACGCGUAGGCACUAUUGGUCCAUUAUCAGAAUGAAUGAAUGAUUCCUUCUCUCUUGGUUUUUGGUUCCUUUUGUUUUCUUUUUGCGGUGUUGUUUUGGGGGGGUCAAGAUCGAAAACCCUUGUGUCCUGGUUGCUCUAAACACAGGAAUGUCACGACCAGGUGAGUGCACAAUUGUAGUGGCUUU